UCUCUUUUUGCUCUGAGGCCAGACUUGCGACCGGAGUCUGAAACAGUAAGCAGAGGACUCCGGCUCCUGGAGACAAAGUCCAAGCAGUAAAAAUGGAUCACGAAACAACCGCUGUGAUAGACAAAAUCAAUCGUCUGUCAGUGGUUUCUGAAGAUGAGGAAAGCCAUGACUCUGCAUUGACCAUUGUUACAGUUCUUGACAAGGUAGCCACCAUUGUGGAAACAGUUCAAGCAAGUCAGAAAAGGAUUGAGGAGAGUCACAGAGAGAUGGAGAAUGCAAUCAAAACUAUUCAGAUUGACCUCCUGAAGCUCGCUCAGGCUCACAGCAAUACCAGUUACACGGUUAGCAAGCUGCUAGAGAAGACUCGAAAAGUAAGCUCCAACAUUAAAGACGUUCGGUCUCGAGUAGAUAAACAGUGCGAUCAAGUCCGAAAGGUGGAAUCCAAGCAAGAGGAGAUGCUGAGAAAGAAUAAGUUCCGAGUUGUCAUUUUCCAGGAGGAUAUUGAAUGUCCAACAAAGCUAACAGUUGCUAAAGAAUCAGCAUUGGAUGGGUAUUUAAAGGAAAAAUUGUACCCUGAUGAUCUCUCUUCUGAUGAGGAAUAUAACUUGCCAGAGAGCAAGACAGCACGGCUAAAGAAAUCCGGUAUGCAGCGUAUUGACAAUAUCAAGAAGGCAUUCUCAAAAGAAAACAUGCAGAAGACCAAACAAAACUUUGGAAAGAAAGUAACUAGGAUGCGAACAAGGAUAGUGACCCCUGAAAGAAGGGAGAAGAUCAGGCAGUCGGGAGAGAGACUGAAACAGUCUGGAGAGAGAUUCAAAAAAUCCAUCGCUAAGGCAGCUCCCAAGAAAGAAACAUUUAAGAUCAACAUCAAGAAGAAAGAAAAACAGACCCCUGCCGAAGGGCAGGAAGGCAGUAAAGAGGAAGAUGUCGAUUCAGCAUCUGGAAAUGUCACAGUUGAACCCAUCUCAGAAGUCACCUACACUGAAGUGGUGACCGUGAAGAAGAAGAAGAAAAAGAACGGGGAAAGCGCCGAACUGCUGCCCCAAGAUGAAGAGAGGCUUGAUUCAAGCCCAGAAAAACCUCUGCUGAAACUGGAAUCAAAGUUAGAAGGGGAUGAGACUCCCCUUGUUGACAUAAAGCUAUCAACGUAAGGACAAUAGACUCCUGGCUUUGUGUCAAGAUUUCACGCGUUCAUCUUUGAUUUCUGGGUAAUAUUGAAAAUCAACCACCAUCAAUUGAGUUACUGGAAAUUGUCCUGACAUUGCAAACGUUUAAUUAAGGUUCUCUUUUUAUAAUCUUAUAGGUUAUAACAGCAUGUAUCUAAUACAUAAUACAUAGCAACGGAGCCAACAUCUACAUUUUUAUAGCUUAGUAUAAAAGAGAACAUUGGAAAUAGUGUAUCGGCCUUUUGGCUAAGAUCGGGUGUGGAAAUAGUAAAUCAUUGUAAUCCAAAUGAAGGGUGUCGCAAAUACUACAUUCAUCUUAUGGUUUUAAAGCAAGGACAGUUUAAUUGUACAAGUAAAAUGUUCUAUUGGAUGUUCUGUAUGUUAUAACCUAUGCGUGCAGUUUAUUGGAGAUGAAAUCACUCUGUGUCAGAAUGUGCAGAAUUUGAGAAAGUUUAGUGUGCGAUAAUUGCAGUGUUUCAGGAAGUGCAGUGAAUAGAGGUCAUUUUUUCCUCUCGAAUAAUCUGGAGUAUGGAUUUGAUAUCUGUAACACAUGGAGCUUUGAUAAUUUGGAAUGAAAUAUGUACAUUUGUGGUGCUUUAAUAAAAGAACAUAGAUAAUGUUAGCAGUGCGAUCUUAAAUGCCAUAGUACAGUAAAUAUUUUGUAUGAC